AUGUGGAUUCUCAGAAGAAAUGGCCCGUCUGGGUUUUCUUCUUCUUCCACGGCCGAAGAAGUCACCAAUGGAAUAGAUGGUUCUGGCCUCACUGCCAUUGUUACAGGGGCGUCGAGUGGUAUUGGUUCAGAAACUGCACGUGUUCUUGCGUUGCGUGGCGUGAAUGUUAUAAUGGGCGUCAGGAACAUGGCUGCUGGAAAAAAAGUUAAAGAAGCAAUAGUUAAGGAAAUUCCUGCUGCCAAAGUUGAUAUCAUGGAGUUAGAUCUCAGUUCUUUGGCAUCUGUCCGAAAUUUUGCAUCAGAGUUCACUUCCACAGGUCGUCCUUUGAACCUUUUAAUUAAUAAUGCAGGAACGGCAACUCCAUUCAAGCUCUCUGAAGACAACAUCGAGCUGCAUUUCGCUACAAAUCACUUGGGUCAUUUUCUUUUAACGCAUUUGUUAAUAGAAACCAUGAAAAAAACAGCUCGUGAGAUGAAGAUAGAGGGAAGAAUUGUGAAUGUUUCAUCAGAGGCACACCGCUGGACUUAUAAAGAAGGAAUACGUUUCAAUAGACUCAAUGAUGAAAAAGGGUACAAGACCUGUGCUGCGUAUGGCCAGUCGAAACUAGCUAAUGUACUCCAUGCUAAUGAGCUGGCGAGACGAUUAAAGGAAGAUGGAGAAGAAAUAACUGCAAAUUCACUUCAUCCUGGAGCAAUUACAACCAAUCUUUUCCGUAACUCCGGUGUUUUUAAAGGUGUUAUAAGCAUAAUUGGUAAAUUUGUGUUAAAAGACAUUCAACAGGGGGCAUCAACAACCUGUUAUGUGGCAUUGCAUCCACAAGUGAAGGGGAUAAGUGGUGAAUAUUUUUCAGACAAUAACUUGGCCAAACCAAGUUCAAAGGCUGCAGACACGGAUUUGUCAAAAAAAUUAUGGGAAUUUAGCAUGGAUUUGAUUAAGUAA